AAAUUUGUCACGUGUACGUGUAAACAGUUAUAACCUUCCUUAUUGUUAGAAUCUUUAGAGUAAUCACUCUUAAUUUUGUUCUUGUCGCUUGAGUCUCAACGAUUCAAUUCUGUUCUUGUCGCCCUACUUGUUUGUUAAUUUCGUCAUGGCUUCUUUUAAAUUAAGUAACUACGACUGCAUUGGUUUUGAUUUGGACAAUACAUUAUUACAAUACAAGGUAUCAAAUUUAAUAAAAUUAUCCUACGGAUUGUUAACUGAUUUUUUGGUCGAACACAAAAAGUAUAGUGAAAAGUAUUUAAAGAGAACUUUAACUGACAGUGACUUUGAUUUUAUGCAAAAAGGCUUAGUUUUGGAUAUAAGACGAGGUAAUAUUUUAAAACUUGACGCUAAUGGAUUGGUUUGGAAAGCAACUCAUGGAACAAAAUUAUUAACAACUGAAGAAUUACUGUCUUUUUAUCCAAAUCAGAGAUUUGAAUUUUCCGAUAUUUUCACGACAGAUUUACAUUCCAUAUGGAAUGGUGAACUUUCACUGCAAGUUAGAACAGUUUUAGACUAUUUUGAUAUAUCGGUGAGUGUUAUUUUUGCGAAUAUGGUUGAUUCUAUCGACGGGGAAAAUGGAAAGCAGUCAGUUUACGAUUUUUGGCCUGAUAUUCUUGAUUCGCUGAAAUAUAUUUACUCGGUGGAAAAAUUUAAGUCGAGUGAAGGUGUAUUUUUGGAAUUUAAAUCAAAUCCGGAAAAGUAUUUUCAUAAAUGCAGUUCGGAAACAAUUUCCUGGAUUCGUGAAUUGAAGAAGAAGAGGAAGACUUUUUUGAUUACUGGAUCGGAUUAUGAUUUUAUGAAUUUUACGGCUAGUUACGCAAUGGGAGAGAAUUGGCGAUCACUUUUUGACGUUGUUGUUUGUUUUGCGUGUAAACCGGGAUUUUUCGCUUUUGAAAGACCAUAUUUUGGAAUUGAGGAUAAAGCGGAGGAAAUUGUGCCUGUUGAAGAAUUUUUAGAGGGAGGUGUUUACAGACGAGGGAAUUGGAAGGAUUUGGUGAAAUUUUUCACUCGUAUUACAGGGAAACAUGAACCUGUUUGUUUAUAUUUUGGCGAUAAUAUAAUGCAGGAUGUUUACGUUCCGAAUAAGAAAGCCAAUUGUGAUACUAUGGUUGUAGUCGACGAACAAUUAGCUGAGAGAAUGUUACAUCACGAAUUAUCGCACACUGACGAAAGUAUUAUUAAUUCUGAAUUUUGGGGUUCCUAUUUUUCGUUGAGAGAACCCGAUGGUUUUAAAGAUACAUUUUGGAAUCAUAUUAUUCGAACUCAUGCGAAAGUUUGUAUUCCUCAAGUAAAUAUUAUUUCCACGAUUCCUUUAGAACAGUCGAUAAAAUGUUUCGUUAAAGACGAUGUUAAUUCUUGUGGAUAUUAUCCUGGGAAACCUCUUUCUUUGCACCUUUGAUUUCAUCUUUUGUUUAAAGAUGCCUAUAAUACCGGCUAUUAAGGAUCAGCUGCACAAAGUGUCUGGGCAUCUGGUCAAAGAGAAAAGUACAAAACUCACAGGCAAACAAUCGAGAGUUUUAAAUUCUCAACGGCAAGGAUUAGCUGAUGUUAAG